AUGCCCUUGAUACAAACCGAUAAAAACGUUAAAGAAGAUCAUAGUAGUGUUAUUGGCAUUAACUUGUCAAUCAAUGGAUGGCAGAUAGACGAGAAACACAAGAAUGAACAAACCCCUAGAGUUUUGCCAAUAAUGAACGAAUUUAUUCCAAAAAACAUUGUCCAACCUACACCUGAUAUCCUAUUUCCAUUAAGAAAUGGCUUUGAUUCAAAUCAAGGUGAAGGCAUUGGUGGCAAAAUCACUAAAUCAACCAAUAAUUAUUUUCUACAAGUAAUAUCUGGUUCACAUGAUGUUGGUGAAGGAGUCUCGGAUCCAUAUAACCUUUCGUCAAUCCCAAGACAAACAUCUGACGAUUUUCCUGAUUACCUGAAAGACAUGGAUGGUAAUGGUCCGAAUGAUGACUUGAUAUCCUAA